AUGACAAUGACAUGUUAAUUGUCAUUAUGGAUGCCAUGCCAUGUUAAAAGUAAAAUACGAGUUUAGUCAGGAGAUAAUAAUUCGUUCAAAUUUGAAAACGACUCCGGGCGUACAUUAGAUUCAAGUCUCGGGUGUCACGUUAGAUUUAGUUGUUGCAUUUAGUCAUCUUAUUGAUGGAGCUAAAGAAUCGAAAAGGUAUUUAUCUCAGUUGAUUUUGAUGAAACUAACAUAAUGUCAGUAAAGAGACGCGCGGCUGCUGAUUUAAACCACGAGAAUUGGGAUAAAGAAGAGAAAAAUGAAGAAAUAGGUACUUUUAAAACAGCUCCGGGAGAUGUUCUUGAAAAGCGUGUUUUCAGACUCGCUAAACGACGAAGCCAAAAUGUUCCAGGCCAUGAGUCUAAAAAACCAGUCUUCAGUAGCUUUGGUGGUUUUAAUAAGGCACAACCAUCAUCAUUUGAUUUCUUAGCUAAUCUGACCAAGGGAGCUAACACAAAUGCACCAAGUACUGCAAACAGUGCAAGUCUAAAUGUGAAUGCCAGUGAUAUGAAACCUUUUGGUAGUAACAUUUUUACUACGCCUACAACUACAAGUGCCACAAGUCUGACUUUUGGGAACAUUGCAACAGAGUCUACAUCUUCAGGAAAACUUCCUGGUGCAGAUUCAACUGUUAAUGAGAACUUAUUCAAGGCACCAGUGACAUCAGGGUCUACUACAAGUGGUUUCAAUUGGAAAGCACCUGAAAACUCCCAAUUACCAUCUUCAAUAUUUGGAGUAGCUUCAUCAAGUUCCAAUUAUAAAUCUGUGUUUGGUGCAAAUACUACAACACCAUUUCAAAUACAAACCACUUCAAAUGUUUCUCAGACAAAGUUAGAUACACAAACUCAAAAUCAAAUACCACAAUUACAAGCUUCACAGACACAGGGUUUUCAAUUCAAGUCUCCAUCUGCACAGCCCUUACAAUUUAAUGCUCCUCAGAGCCAGAGCCCACAAUUCAAACCACCACAAACACAGGCUCCACAAUUUCAGGCCCCUCAGUCUCAGACCACUCUGUUCCAGGCUAAACCAACUACACAAAUCCAAACUUCACAAUCACCAACCUCUGUAUUUCAGGUGCCACAACAACAGACCUCACAAUUCCAGAGUCCACCCUCCCAACCAUCACUGUUUCAAGCACCACAGACUCAAACUUCACAAUUUCAGAGUCCACAGUCUCAGACAUCACUAUUCCAGGCACCAAAGACACAAAACUCACAAUUCCAGAGUCCACCGUCUCAAACAUCACUAUUUCAGGCGCCACAGGCGCAGACCUCACAAUUCCAGAGUCCACAGUCCCAAACAUCACUAUUCCAGGCACCACAGGCACCAAUCUUACAAUCCCAAAGUCCUAAGUCCCAAACCUCACUUUUCCAGGCACCACAGACACAGACCUCACAGUUUCAAACACCACCAGCUCAAUCUUCACUGUUCCAGUCACAAACCACGCAAUUUAAGAGUCCCCAGUCGCAGACCUCACUGUUUCAGGCACCCCAGCCUCAGACAACACAAUCACAGGGAUCAACAUUAUGGACUCAACCAACUCAAGCUGCAAGUGAAAAUAUAACCAAUAACAAAUCAGAAGUAAAAACUUCUGAGAAUAAUACUAACUCGAAAAAUAUGCAAGAAAGUAAAUUAAAUUACUAUAGUAAAUUAAAAGGAUUAAAUGUAUCAGUUCUGGAGUGGAUUAAAAAACAUGUGGAUGAAACACCUCUGUGUAUACUUUCACCAAUAUUUAAGGAUUAUGAAAAAUAUCUUCAGGAAAUUCAAAAUGAGUAUGAAAGCAGUAAAAAAGAAGACAAAGACACAGCUAAUGAGGAUGUCUCCACUAAAGAUUCUGAAGUAAUUAAAAAUCCACCUGUGACUGUAAACAAUUCUGUUGCAUCACUCUUUGCUGCAUCUAUAAAUGCACCUAAAUCUAUAUUUUCAUCAGCUGCUAAGAGCACAACUCAAUCACCAAGUUUUUCUUUUGGAUUUACAUCAUCACCAAGCACUAAUACUACAAGUUCUGGUUUUACAUUUGGUCUUAGUUCAACUCAAAGUACAGCAACAACCUCAUCUCCAUUUGCUGUGAGCACUUCUAAUUCUAUACCAAAUGGUCAACAAUCCUUUUCAUUCGGAACAGGCAAACCUUUCAGCUUCAAUUCCAACAUACAAGCACAGCCAGAUACAGAAAACACAAAUGAAAAUGCUGAUGAAAAUGAUGAACCACCAAAAGUAGAGUUCACUCCAGUUGUUGAAGAGAAUAGCCUUUUUGAUAAACGCUGCAAAAUAUUUAUUAAGAAAGAUAAUAACUUUGUAGAUAAAGGUGUUGGCACACUAUACAUAAAGAAAAUAAAUGACAGCGAGAAACAUCAACUUAUAAUGCGAGCAGACACUAGUUUGGGAAAUAUAUUGCUUAACUUAGUUCUCACUUCCUCAAUACCGACACAACGCAUGGGUAAGAAUAAUGUUAUGCUGGUUUGUAUUCCCACUCCAGAGGCCAAACCACCACCUGUUCCUAUACUGAUUAGAGUGAAAACAUCCGAGGAAGCUGAUGAUUUAUUAAAUACAUUGGAUAAAUAUAAGGCUUAAAACAACACCAUUUAAUAAUAAAGAAAAUGGCAAAUGUCAUAUUUGUUUUUGUGUAAUCCAUUAGUAGUAUUAAGCAUCUGGUAUUGGCAUAAUAUUAAACUACACAUCUUCACACUGUACGGUUUGUUAAAACUGUAAAUGCAGGCAAAAUGUCAACUGUGAUACAGAGUUAAUAUUUUUCCUACACAUGCAUAGUUUUAACCAAAUGAGUAGAUAAACGGUAGACAAGCUUAAGAAUGUUCAAAAUUAUGAAUUAAACAUAACAUUUGUUAAA